ACCAAUCACAGCAGAUGACAAGUGCGGUUACUUCAAACGUGAAUUUGCGACUGUUUACGUAUGCACGCCGCCGUGGACAUUUAAAAAUUGGACUUUUCAAGGAAAACAUACUGAUCCUGAGCCAUGCGACCAAGGGCAGGUCGCCCUCAAGCAGGCAGACUGAAUCAAAAUGGAUCAACUUCCGAAUCUCAGCAGCAGACGAACAUCCGGGUCGUCAUACGCAUUCGUCCGGAAAACCAGCACGAACGAGAUGCACAGAAUUCUCGUACUGUUGUCCGUCCACUGGAUGAGAAGGUACUGGUCUUCGAUCCGCAAGAGGAAGCAUCGCCCUCGUACUUUCGUGGAAGACGUGUCCGGCAGCGCAAUGGGAUGCGGAGAAAGAACCGUGACAAGCAGUUUGCCUUUGAUCACAUUUUUGCGGAAGGGACGUCGCAGGAGUACGUCUACGAACACACCACAAAGUCUGUGGUAGACAGCGUUCUCAGUGGAUACAAUUGCUCUGUGUUUGCUUAUGGUGCGACCGGGGCAGGAAAGACGUUCACCAUGCUGGGUGGCCCUAACCAACCUGGUAUCAUGUUCCUCACCGUCAUGGAGCUCUACCAGAAGAUUGCUAGUGAGAAGUCAGAAAAGCUUUCUGAUGUCGCUGUGUCGUAUCUGGAGAUCUACAAUGAGACCGUGAAGGAUCUGUUAGUACCGUCAGGGCCUCUGGCCAUUAGAGAAGACCCACAGAGGGGCGUGGUCGUCAGCGGACUCUCCUUGCACAAGCCUAAGAAUGCCAAGGAGUUGUUUAGCAUGCUCGAGUAUGGCAAUACGAAUCGGACCCAGCACCCAACCGAUGCCAAUGCACAGUCUUCAAGAUCUCAUGCCGUCUUCCAGGUGUUUGUUCGACAGCGUGACCGGACAGCAAACAUCAGCACCAAUGUGAGGGUGGCCAAGAUGUCCCUCAUUGACCUCGCGGGAUCAGAGAGGGCAACGGUGACGACCAAUCGUGGAGCUAGGUUUCGGGAAGGGGCGAAUAUCAAUCGCUCGCUUCUGGCUCUUGGGAACUGCAUCAAUGCAUUGGCAGAUAGCAGGAAUAAAGGCAAGCAUGUACCGUAUCGGAACAGCAAGCUGACUCGGCUAUUGAAGGACUCCCUCGGUGGCAAUUGCAAGACAGUCAUGAUUGCUGCUGUAAGCCCCUCUAGUCUCUCUUAUGAAGAUACCUUCAACACGUUGAGGUAUGCGGACAGGGCUAAGGAAAUCAAGUCUAAUCUACAGAAGAACGUUGUUAGCAUGGACCUUCACAUCACCAAGUAUACCCAGAUCAUCCAAGAACUGAGGACAGAGGUUACCGAAUUGAAGGAUAAACUACAGAAGCAGACAGGGGUUGCUACGGCAACGGUCGACCUUCCAGCAAGUGUACCUGAUAGUGAACAUAUACUGGGUCUCCAGGUAGAGAUCCACAAGGUGUUCCAGGAGAGAUCCAGCAUACGCAAGGAGCUCCUGGAGCUAGAAUCCUUCGACCGAGACCUUACCGCCAAGAUCAUGCGAAAGACCCUGCUCGUGGAGAGAAAUCGGGUCUUCCACGGCAAGACCACGCUAGGAGAGAAGACGAUAUCCAAGUUGGACCGUGCUAUCGCCGCAGCUACGAGUCGCCAGGAGCGCGUUAGGACUCGUAAAGUUGGCGUGGAGCAAAGGAUGGCGGAUAAUGAAGGUGUUCUCGAGAGGCUCUCAGGAGAGAUGCGGGGGAGUGACGGUACCGUGCCACAGAUUUAUAAGGACACCUUACAUAUGAGGCAUUUGGAGAUUGAGGUGAAAGAUGGUCGAAGGCAGGCCAAGCAUCUGAGAAAGUUUGCACGGAAUCAGGAGAGUCAUAUCAAAUCCUCUGAAAAGCUUAUGCUGAACCUGAUCACAGCGUUUCGCAGUCAGUACUACCUGCUCAAGGGCUCGGGGUUCCUGACCCCCGACCUCGUCGAGCAGUUUGAAUCCAUCCAGAAGCAGGUCGAAGGUGAGAGAGAGGUCAUGUGGGCCGACCAGAGUCUCAACGAAGGAUCGGAGGAGCCGGGAGUCGACGACUUUAACAGGUUGCUCAACCUGCCUGUCUUGAGCUGUGUCCAGAUUACCCCAAGAGCACCUAUCCCUAAAAGAUCUGUGAAAACGCCGAAUUCUGCUGAUACCAAGAAACCAACAGCCACGCCUUGCCAAUCUAUGCCUAUCCGUCGGCUUUCCUACGCCGGAGUCUGUCAGACGAUGGUCGGCAUUACACCCACAGCUAACGGGAGAGCGCUUAGGAUACCUGAUUCUGAUGGCCAAAACAUUGGUCAAGCCCAAAGGAUUGCAACACCAUGUAACAGGGAGGAUCCCAACAAACCCCAGAGAAUUGUCACACCCCAGAAAAUCACCAAGAGUCCAUCCGGCUCCGCCCAGCGUAUCCCUUCGUACAACAGAGAUGAAAUUAAUCUCCCGCAACGGGUCCCAACCCCCCAGAAGUCAAGAUCUCCUUUUACUUCGGCGGAAGCCUUAGCGGCAACGACCUCUCGGACGUUGCCUUCCCCAGCAGGAGUUGAACGGUCCAGUUCACCAGUGGCUCACCUCGCAUCGGGAGACUCCACUUGUAGCAGAGUAGGGGGUGACAGCAUGACAAGCCCGGAUGUUUUGAGGACUAAUACAUCAGACAAUGUGGACAUGGAUGGCGUUGUGCCCCUCCCAAUUACACCACAAACGAAUGAAAAUUCCACCCAACUAACAAUGGAACAUGCCAAAACAGUGGUUAAAAAGUCGGUUGACACGCCUGUCUGUGAGUCGUUGCCAGUGAAACCUAUUGUUGGAGGAAACACCGUCAUAAAGAUCCCUGCAGAAAGGACCAGUGGACCAGUCCAUUCUCUUGAAGGGGUUGCCAGGACUAUUUCAUUCGAUGAGGAAGGACAAUCAAAUUCUCACCGCACGAACACGACUCCGGUAACUGGGCCAAAGAUGACGUAUGCUCAGGUUGCCAGCUCACCGGUUCUUCAACCCACCCGCCUUCCCUUCGGUGAACUCUCAAACUCUCCCCGCAUUAGCAGUGCGCCCUCUCCUGUCAAGAAGCCCGCAGGUUUCAACGAAUCAUUUACAAUCCACAAGGGUGUCUUGCAGGAGAACUUCAAGAAGGAUGCUCAGCAUAAGGGAUUUAAUAGGAGAGAAACGUUUGCUGGCAGACCGUCCUUACAACAUCAACGUAGCAAGUCACACGGUCAUCUAACUGGAAGCUCCAGUCAUUCAGUCAACAGGACGAUACAUGCAGACACCCUCAAGAAGUAUGGAAUGCCCUCUAUGGCUGACACGGCAUCAGUUGGUGUAACCAAGCCUAUUCCAGCCUAUAUGUCGAUGACCAAAGCAGCAGCUAAUAAGAGAAGGCUCAAUACUGGAAACCAAGUCAGCCAACGCUCGUACUCUCAAAGCAGCAAAGAAAACCAUUUCCCCACCAACAGAGGGCGCUCUACAUUCAGUUCUUCCGGUUCCCUGCAGAACAGCAACAGGACUGGCCUUGCCAGAGCAUUUAGUGUAGGAAACCUGCAUCAAACAACAAGGAAUGUCAAUAGGAGCACUCACCGGAAUCAGUCAAACUGGAAUCUUUGAAGCUGUUUUCAUCAAGUCUGUCAAGAAAAUCCUUUAAAAGAAUCUGUCAUGAUGGUCCUGAAAAUAUAAAAUAAUGAUACUUAUUAUAUAAAAAUCCAUUAUUUAUCUGUGCAGAGAGUAGAUUGCUGGAUUUCAUGUUAAGUG